CUCCCCAGAUCGGUGGACGUGCUCACCUCCGCUCCGGGCCAGGUCUAUGUCCCGGUUUCCCGCCGUCGCGGGCAGGGCGCCAAGGCGGCUGGAGGAGGGUGAGCGGUCAAUAGACCUUCAGGAAGAGCGGCCUCCGGCUGUUUCCAUCGCUGAUAGAGAAGAGAAAGGAUGCACAUCACAGGAAGGAGGAACUACUCCAACUUUUCCUAUUCAAAAACAAAGAAAAAAGCUUAUUCAAGCUGUGAGGGACAAUUCAUUCCUUAUUGUUACUGGAAAUACAGGAAGUGGUAAAACCACUCAACUCCCAAAAUAUCUAUAUGAAGCAGGGUUUUCACAACAUGGUAUGAUUGGUGUGACUCAACCACGAAAAGUAGCUGCUAUAUCAGUUGCUCAGAGGGUCGCUGAAGAAAUGAAAUGCACUUUGGGAUCCAAAGUAGGGUACCAAGUUCGUUUUGAUGAUUGCAGCUCCAAGGAAACUGCAAUCAAAUAUAUGACUGAUGGAUGUUUACUGAAACAUAUUCUGGGAGAUCCAAAUCUUACCAAGUUCAGUGUCAUCAUUUUAGAUGAAGCCCAUGAGAGAACUCUAACUACGGAUAUCUUAUUUGGCUUAUUAAAGAAGUUAUUUCAGGAGAAGUCUCCUAACAGGAAGGAGCAUUUGAAGGUCGUGGUGAUGUCAGCAACUAUGGAAUUAGCUAAGCUCUCUGCAUUCUUUGGAAAUUGUCCAAUAUUUGAUAUACCUGGAAGGCUUUAUCCAGUCAAAGAAAAAUUCUGCAAUUUGAUUGGUCCACGAGACAGAGAAAAUACUGCAUAUAUUCAAGCGAUUGUGAAAGUGACUAUGGAUAUCCAUUUGAAUGAAAUGGCUGGAGACAUCUUGGUUUUUCUGACUGGUCAGUUUGAAAUUGAAAAAAGUUGUGAGUUACUUUUUCAGAUGGCAGAGUCUGUUGAUUAUGAUUAUGAUGUUCAAGAUACAACUCUGGAUGGUUUGUUAAUAUUGCCAUGUUACGGAUCUAUGACAACAGAUCAACAGAGGAGAAUAUUUUUGCCACCUCCACCUGGAAUUAGAAAGUGUGUCAUAUCCACCAAUAUUUCUGCAACAUCUCUGACAAUAGAUGGAAUCAGAUAUGUGGUAGAUGGUGGCUUUGUGAAGCAGUUAAAUCACAAUCCCAGAUUAGGUUUGGACAUCCUGGAGGUGGUUCCAAUUUCAAAGAGUGAGGCGUUACAGCGAAGUGGCCGAGCUGGCAGGACUUCCUCAGGAAAAUGCUUUCGGAUCUAUAGUAAGGAUUUUUGGAACCAGUGUAUGCCUGACCAUGUGAUCCCUGAGAUCAAGAGAACUAGUUUGACAUCUGUAGUUCUGACCUUAAAGUGCCUUGCCAUACACGAUGUUAUAAGGUUUCCCUAUUUGGAUCCACCUAAUGAGAGGCUUAUUUUGGAAGCUCUUAAACAACUUUACCAGUGUGAUGCUAUUGACAGGAGUGGCCAUGUGACCAGAUUGGGUUUGUCUAUGGUGGAAUUUCCUCUCCCUCCACAUCUGACAUGUGCAGUAAUCAAGGCUGCUUCUCUGGAUUGUGAAGAUCUACUACUUCCAAUAGCAGCGAUGUUGUCAGUGGAAAAUGUCUUCAUUAGACCUGUUGAUCCAGAGUACCAGAAGGAAGCAGAACAAAGACAUCGAGAAUUGGCAGCUAAAGCUGGAGGAUUUAAUGAUUUUGCAACUUUAGCUGUCAUCUUUGAACAGUGCAAAUCAAGUGGAGCUCCAGCUUCAUGGUGCCAAAAACAUUGGAUUCAUUGGAGGGGCUUAUUUUCAGCAUUUCGUGUUGAAGCUCAACUUCGAGAACUAAUCAGGAAACUUAAACAGCAAAGUGAUUUCCCAAGACAGACCUUUGAAGGCCCUAAACAUGAAGUACUACGGAGAUGUCUUUGUGCAGGCUAUUUCAAAAAUGUAGCUCGAAGAUCUGUUGGGAGAACAUUUUGCACAAUGGAUGGGCGUGGAAGCCCAGUCCACAUUCAUCCUUCCUCAGCACUUCAUGAACAAGAAACCAAACUUGAAUGGAUCAUUUUUCAUGAGGUAUUAGUUACCACCAAAGUCUACGCAAGAAUUGUGUGUCCAAUCCGUUACGAAUGGGUGAGAGACUUGUUACCCAAGUUGCAUGAAUUUAAUGCACAUGAUUUGAGCAGUGUGGCCCGACGUGAAGGGAGAGAAGAUGCAAGAAGGAGAUGGACAAAUAAGGAAAAUGUAAAGCAUCUAAAGGAUGGAAUCUCAAAAGAAGUCCUAAAGAAAAUGCAAAGAAGAAAUGAUGAUAAAUCCAUAUCAGAUGCACGUGCUCGUUUCCUUGAGCGAAAGCAGCAGAGAUCCCAGGAUCACAGUGACACCCGGAAGGAAACAGGCUAGCAGUGACUCCUCCAAUUCAGGAAGUAGGAAAAGCAGCCAGGAAGUGUGCUUCUACUUUGACAUUUAUAAUAAAUAGCACUACCAAGAGGAAGUGGUCAGCAGCUGUUAUUAGCAUAUGAGCUAAAAGCAAAUCAAAGUUCAUCAGUACUAAUAAAUGGAAUUUUCAAAGAAAAGAUUGAGUUGCCAUAGUCUUAGGCAAUGAUAUAUGAAACCAAUGAAAGACAAUACAUGUGGUAUUUUCCUCACUUCAACUUUGCUGGCCUUAACUGGUAUCAUGCUGUCAUUGAGGUAUUUUCCAAGAAUAUUGAACUGUAUUUAAUCAGCGUGUAUUCUGUUCACAUUUGAAGCAUUAGAAAUUAUUUUCCUUAAAUCUCUUUAAGGCCUUCUUGUUGCUAUUAGAAUAGUAUUAUAUCAGGUUAUCAGGUAUGUGACCAUUUCCUUCAGAAGGCUGAACAUAAGAGGUUUUGACUCAGCAAUACUUAGAUGUCUAACUGUUUAAUUGCUACAGAGCUUUAUAGAUAUUUAGAGAAAAGUCUUAAUUAAUUAGUAAAUAAGAAAAUUGCCUAUGGCAAGAUUCUUUGUUGAAUUAUUAUUAAUCCUUAAAUUGAUUUUUCUGGGAUUAUAUAAAUUCCUUUUUAUAUAAAAAUAUAUUGUUUAAAACAGUAGCGAUAGCCAUUAACCAAAGGACAGAUGACUAUAUGUAUUUUUUUUUUUUUUAGUUGUCCCUACAUACUUGUAUCAGCACUAUGUAUGUAGGCGUGACAGUGUUCAAACAGCCCCUCCACCUGGCCUGUUCCCUUGCCUCCAGCUGCUUGGGUAUGACCAUUUAAACAUCUGUUAUGCUGAUCUUGAGAUGGGACUUUUUUCAAAGCAGCCAACGUUACAUCACCAGUGUUUCAAAUUGGAACCUUGAGGCGAGUUAUAUCACACUCAGGCCACAUUCAGCACUUGCCCCUCUGUUGUUUACUGCCUUGUAUUCUAGUUAUUUGUGUAUUUGUCGGUCUCCCUCACUAGAUUAUACGCUCCUUGUGGGCAGGGACUAUGUCUUUUUCAUCUCUGUAUCUUUCAUGGUACCUAGCACAGUGCUUUGCACAUAGUAGUCACUCAAUGUUUGUUAAAUAAAGCUAUUAGUGUCAUUAAAAUUCAAAAGGCAGUAUAAUGUGUGUUUUUAGAUACUUUUUGUAAAUAUUAAGAAUCUAAAUUUUUUAUAGGUAACUAUUUUGCAGUUAUUUCCUUUGGUGUCUAAACAGUUUUCUGUUCAGUACUAGAAACUUGAGCCUUUAUUGAAAAAUCACAUAAGGAUCUCUUGUUUGUUCGUUUGUUUUUUAAUGUUUAUUUAUUUUUGAGAGAGAGUGACAGAGACAGAA